AUGGCACUGGUGAUGAAGCAGCAAGAUAGAGCUGAAGAAGCUAUCGAAGCUAUAAGGCGGUUUAGGCAUCUCUGCUCCAAGCAUGCUCAAGAGUCAAUUGACAAUGUCCUCAUUGACCUAUACAAGAAAUGUGGAAGAAUGGAGGAGCAGAUUGAGCUGUUGAAGCAGAAGCUUCGGAUGAUUUACCAUGGAGAAGCAUUCAAUGGCAAGCCGACCUAG